AUGGCUGCCGGUUCUGAGGAGACUGCAAAAGCGAGUUCCUCACCGCGUGCGGAACCGUCUAAAGGAGAGACGCCUCACAACGAUCCUGGACACAUUGCCGUGCCAGAGGCCGAGACGACAACAGAAUCAGGAGGCGACAAGAAUGUGGGCGAAGAUACUGCCGACGAGGUGGUGACAUCGACUGGGGACAAGAAUUGGGUUGAGGAUCACAACAAUACUGCCGAGCCAACGACACAAGACGGAACCGCAGAAGCUCCUCCACUGCCCGAAGAAACGCUUCCGCCAUUACCGAACGAAGCUCCUCCCUCUGCUGGCGCAGAAGUUGACGAUGGUUGGGCUCCACUCUGGGAGGAAACAGCCAAAGCAUUCUAUUUUUACAAUCGAUUUACCGGCGCAACCCAAUGGACAAACCCACGAGUCCCAGACCCAACUACCCUCCCACAAGAAACCGCCCCCGGUGUGACAGCACCCGCUGCGACACUUCCAGACUCCCCUCCACCUUCCACUGGCACAACAGGCUACAAUCCCGCGAUCCACGGCGACUACGAUCCCACCGCCUGGUAUGCUCAACCAGCAGCGACCGAGACACCUGUAGCAGCUGGACCGGCAGAUCCAAACGCCGCCUACGCCGCCACCGCAGCAUUCAAUCGAUUCACAGGACGCUUUCAAGCCUCCGAAAUCACGCCGGAACUUCACAACGAUGAAAACAAAAGCAAGCGGCAGAUGAACGCCUUCUUCGACGUCGACGCCGCGGCCAACAAUCAUGACGGGCGGAGUCUGAAGGCAGAGAGGAGCGGCAAGAAAUUGACGAAGACGGAGCUGAAGCAGUUCAAGGAGAAGCGGAAGGCGAAGAAGGAGGAGAAACGACGAGCGUGGUUGUUGGAUUGA